AUGUUUGAAGCACAUUUAAGUCAAGGUUUAAUGCUUAAAAAAUUAUUAGAAGCUAUCAAAGAACUUGUUACAGAUGCAAAUUUUGAUUGUAGUGAGACGGGUAUUGCACUUCAAGCCAUGGAUAACUCACACGUAGCACUAGUAUCACUUUUAUUAAGUAACGAAUUAUUUUCUACAUAUCGAUGUGAUAGAGGUUUUUCUUUGGGUGUAAAUUUAACUUCUCUUAACAAGUUAUUGAGGUGUGCCGGAAAUGAUGAUACUAUCACAUUAAAAGCCGAUGACAAUUCUCCAGAGACUUUAGCCAUGGCAUUUUCAGCUCCAACAAAUGAUAAACUUAGCGAAUUUGAAUUGAAAUUAAUGGACAUUGAUCAAGAGCAUUUAAGUAUUCCAGAAACAGUAUAUGAUGCAAUAGUAAGUUUACCGUCUGCCGAGUUUCAAAGAGUAUGUCGUGAUAUGAUGGUUAUUGGCGAAACUGAAGGUGAACUUGGUAAUGGCAGCAUAAAAUUGAAACCAACUUCCCCCAUGGAUAAACCUGAAGAAACGAUCGAAAUCAUUGUUACGAAACCAGUUUCACUUCAAUUUUCACUCAAAUACUUGAUGAAUUUUACCAAAGGUUCCCCAUUAUCUGAUCAGGUUAGAUUAUGUUUAUCUGAAGAGAUGCCGUUGCUUGUAGAAUAUACUAUAAAUUCUACAAGUAGUUUUCUUAGAUAUUAUCUUGCACCAAAGAUUGGUGAAUAA